CAUAGACUAUACCAGCAAGCAAGUCAAGUAUGAACGGAUCGACUAAGAAGUACAAACAUCCCCAUGCAUCUAGAUCCACUUCUACUAGUUCAGCAGUGUCUGUAAAGAGUGAAUCUUCAAAUUCAAUAACCAAUUCCGAUAUCAUCGAUGAAUAUCUUGCUCCUAGCGCCAAAGGUCCUGGUCCCGAUUCUAGUUCCACCAGGCAAAUCAAUUUAAAUCGAAACAAAUAUAAUGAGAAGGGCUCAAAAAGUAAAGAUGAAGAAAAGGCAGCUGCUAGAGCAAGAAGAUUUGCUACUCCCAGUACUCCUAUCAAUGCAAAUUCGUAUGGGUUUGUGAGUAGAGGUGAGGACAAUAGACUACAGAAGUAUCAUCGUGAACGACAAAAGUUCUUUAAUAUGAUAUUAUUGUCGUUCAUUAAGUAUUGUAAUUCAAAUUCCACCCAUUCAUUAAGUAAGAGCAUCGACCGAUUGAUUAAUAGAUCUGAAGUAGUUGAAGAAGAGGAAGAAGAAAAUGAAGAUGAAAAAUCAAAUCAGAAGGAAAAGGCAGUAGGGUUAGAUUCUAUACUUAGUUCAUUAAGAAAAUUACGAGAAGCCCUAUUAUAUAUAGAUCAUAGUUCAAGCGCUAACAACAUUAAGGAUAAAGAAGUUGAACAAUUUACUAAGAAGGUAUAUCUUUUCUCAGUUCGAUUGAGUAGUAAUAUCGGUCAUUAUCAAACUUAUAUUCCUAGUAUAAAUCAUCUUAUUCAUAAUAAGAACCUUCUCACAGAUGAUGAAUUUGAAGAGAUAUCCAUAUUAUUAAUUCUUCAUCUAUUGCAUUUUAAUAAUCUAACUUCCAAAGCCAUUAAGAUAUACUUUGGUAGUAAAUUAAAUAAUCGGAAAUCCAAUGAUUCUAUUAAAUUAUGGCAAAUAAUUCAAAGUUGGAUUCAACAAGAUUACGUACGAUGGUUUAAGUUAUUUCAUAGUGAAAAGGAUAGUUGUAAAGUAACUAUUAUGAAGUUUGGGUAUGAUAAAAUAAUUAAGCAUACGCUUGAAGUUAUAAACCAAUCUUAUUUCACCAUACUAGAGAAAGAUCUAUAUAAUGAUGUAUUACAACAAGAGUAUAUUGCUAGUAAAUGCGAUAUUAAUGAUAUAAUUGACAAGUACAAGUUAUCAUGGAAAGUUCAGGACCUGGAGAAGGCCCAUAAUCGGUUAGUAAUAGUUAAGGAAAGACGACGUGUAUAGAAAAAGUGUAUAGAAAGAGAGGGUGAUGUAGGAUAUACAGUAUAUAAUGUAUAGUAUAUAGAGUACAGUAUAUAGAGUAUAGUAUACAACGUAUAGUGUAUGCUAUAUAGUAUAUGAGCAUAUGACAUAUAGAGGAUAAUAGUAUACUGUUAUAAUUAGCAUAGCUUAUCUAAAUCUCUAUGCUCGCCUUUAUGGGGA